AAAAAUGGAAUCAUGGGAAGAUGACAACAUUUUGUUUGAAGAACUUACUAGGCAACUAUUAGAAUUGACAGAAGAGGAUGAUAACAAGAGGAUCGUCAACUCAAAACAUGGUAAUAGAUAUAGGCCAUCGAUAUUGCAACCCCAAUGUCGGUUUGAGUGGAUACAUAGCGAGGAUACCAACAACAAAGUGCCCAAAUACCUUGUAGAGCUGUGGAAUAGAGAGAAAAGCAAUAAUGGAACUGGGGUGUUCAUACCAAAGCGUAGUACUAACAAAGGGAAAGGCUCUAUAAAAGAAAAUAUGUUGCACCCUCAGUGCCUUGUAUUCUCUUGGAUAUCAGAAUAUAGAGGUUGGGUGUUCAUUGGAACUGGGGCGUCUGUGCCCAUAUCGUUAACUUUGCCAGAGCAGAUAACCCGGAAGGAAGAACCGUAGGCGAGGAAGAGCACACACAAAAGUGGCAAAGGUUAACUAAUCAAUCAUGCAUCCUAUCUAUUGGCAAGCCGGUGUGGUGAAAUUUAAAUAGAUUGAGUACUUCGAUCCAUCCAUUUCAAUAAUACCACCUUUUCGAGUGGUCAACAACUUCAAUUGUUCUCCCAAAUGCACCU